ACGUAAACAUUUCUAGUUCAAAACUAUUAUGAAGGUCAGCUUCAAGCGCCGAAGCAAAUUCAAAGUCGUUCUUACCCAUUACGAAUCCACAGUCAAACUUCUGGUGACAAGUUUUACGAUAUUAGAAAUCUCAGCGUUAAGAAAAUCGUGGCCCAUGAUAGAGCCAAAAAGAAAGAUGUUGUCACAAAAAAUAGCUCUUGAUGCAUAUACUGAAAAUCCAGAAUGGGCUGAACUCUUUCGCUUCGAUGGGAAGACUGAAAACAAUUCGUUAAUUUAUCAUCCUCUAUGUGCGUUGGAUAUUUAUGGUACCACCAUAAAGACCAAUCUUGAUACGAAUUAUGCCAUAGUGAAAAUAAUCCUACUAAUACUAGAAAAACAUUGGAAUCGUUUUAUUCCAAUGCCUUAUUUAAAGGUAAAGCAUUGUGGGAGGUUGUGCAUGUACAUAUUUCUUCAGGAUUUUCUUGAAUGCGUUAAACAUCAAGUACUCGAGGAAUUGCAUCUACGGAUGGGUCAUUAG